AUGGCUAACAAUUUUACUACUGUUACUGAGUUCAUUCUUUGGGGGCUGACAGAUGAUGCAGAACUGAAAGUCAUGCUGUUUGUGUUGUUCCUGGUGAUUUAUGUCACGACCUUAGUGGGAAAUGUGGGCAUGAUUCUCCUAAUCCACAUCACCCCAAAACUCCACACACCCAUGUACUUCUUCCUGAGCUGCCUCUCAUUUUUAGAUGCCUGCUAUUCAUCUAUCAUUGUGCCAAAAUUGCUCAUCAGCUUCUUGAAAGUGAGGGAAACUAUCUCGUUCUCUGGCUGCAUUGCACAGCAUCUGUUUUUUGGGGUGUUCAUUACCACAGAAGGCUUUCUUCUUUCGGUGAUGGCUUAUGACCGGUACAUUGCCAUUGCCAGCCCUCUCCUGUACAACAUGAUCAUGUCUAAGAGGAAGUGUGCAGCGCUUGUGACUGGAUCCUACAUUGGUGAACUAACAAACUCACUGACACACACGGUCAGCUUGGGGAGACUGUCCUUCUGUGGGCCCAACGUCCUGGGCCCCUUCUUCUGUGAUAUUCCUCCACUGCUGAAACUGUCAUGUUCUGAUAUCUCGAUGGAUGAGUUCUUUCUUUGAUUUUUAACUGGAGUCACUGCAAUUGCCACUUUCCAGGUUGUGAUCAUUUCACAUGUAUUCAUUGCCUUUGCCAUCCUGGGAAUCCACUCAGCCUCAAGCAGGCGGAAAGCCUUCCCCACCUGUGCCUCUCACUUGAAUGCCGUGACCCUAUUCUAUGGCACCUUAAGCUUUAGUUAUAUUCAGCCCAGCUCCCAGUAUUCUGUGGAACAGGGAAAGGUGGUUUCUGUGUUCUACACAUCAGUGAUUCCCAUGUUAAACCCACUGAUUUACAGCCUCAGGAACAAAGAGGUAAAAGAUGCUAUGAAAUGGGCCAUAGACACAAAACAUUUCUCACAUUAA